CAUUAUCAGCUCCGCCGUAGAGUUUGGGCUUCUCACGAUCCAAUUUCUCCAUAAAUAUUUCUAAGACAUUAUCGAAACACCUCAUAUUCCUUUUUCUAGAGUGCUACUACCAUGGCAGCACACACACAGAUGGCAAAGCUAGGGACCUCUCUCCUUGUGCCAUGGGUUCAGGAUCUGGCCAAGGACAAGCUCGGCGUGGUCCCGGAGAGGUACGUCCGGACAGAUCAGGACCCUGUGAUCAUACCGGACUCGGCUUCACUGCCCCAGGUUCCAGUGAUCGACCUUCAGAAGCUGAGUUCAGGGGAUAGCAUCGACUCAGAGCUGCAGAGGCUGCACCAUGCUUGCAAGGAAUGGGGCUUCUUUCAGGGAAGCCCAAACACGUCUUGUUAUUCAAAGAAUGCGGGAAGCUUCAGAUGCAACAACAGUGUUCUCAAUUCCAGUGAAAAUAGCACGGCUCAAAGACCACACCUGAUUAAUCACGGUAUGAGCGAUUCGCUGCUGGAGGACGUGAAGUCAGGGAUCCUGGAGUUCUUCAACCUCCCAAUGGAUGAGAAGAAGAAGUUUUGGCAGGUUCCAGGAGUCUUGGAAGGUUUCGGACAGGCGUUCGUGGUGUCUGAGCAGCAGAAGCUCGAGUGGGCAGAUGCCUUCUACAUGAUCACUCUCCCGACCUACCUCCGGAAGCCCCACCUGUUCCCUAAGCUUCCUCAACCUUUCAGGGAUACCUUGGAAACCUACUCAGCAGAGACGAAGAAUCUGGCAGUGAGGAUCCUUAACCUGAUGGCAAAAGCUCUAGGAAUGGAGGCGAAGGAAAUAGAUGAGCUAUUCAAUGACGGGUGGCAGGGAAUGAGAAUGAAUUAUUACCCUCCGUGUCCACAGCCUGAGCUCGUGAUGGGGCUCAACCCGCAUUCUGAUGCUGGUGCGCUCACCCUGCUCCUCCAGGUCAAUGAAAUCGAAGGACUCCAAAUCAGGAAAGAUGGGAUGUGGGUUCCCGUCAAACCCCUGCCUAAUGCCUUUGUGGUCAACAUUGGAGAUACUAUGGAGAUGGUCAGCAAUGGAAUUUACCGCAGCAUAGAGCACCGAGGGACUGUCAAUGGCCUGAAAGAGAGGAUCUCCAUGGCAACCUUCUAUAGCCCAAGCAUGGAUGCUGAAAUCGGUCCUGCCCCAAGCCUUGUAACUCCAGAAUCUCCUGCCCUGUUUAGAAGAAUCAGUGUAGUAGAGCAUUUGAAGGGAUAUUUCUCAGGCGAACUGCGUGGAAAAGCAUAUCUUGAUACCAUGAGGAUUUAAAGAUGAAGAAGCCCGCAAGAUGUGGAAGCAGAUUAGUAGUUCAUAAAGUUUCUACGCAAAAAAUCAUAAUAAUAAUAAUAAUAAUAAUAAUAACAGUGAAACUCAAUAACGACAUAUGCUUAGAUAUCUGUACAAUGCACUGGUCCCUGUAAUGAACCAUUAAGUUUUCUGCUUCAAAA